AUGGGAAGGGUUAUCCGGGCACAGCGUAAGGGAGAGGGGUCGGUCUUCAAGUCCCACACCCACCACCGCAAGGGUCCGGCGAGGUUCCGGAGUCUCGAAUUCGGUGAGAGAAAUGGUUACCUGAAAGGAGUUGUCACCAACGUCAUCCACGACCCUGGUCGGGGUGCUCCUCUUGCCAAAGUCACUUUCCGCCACCCUUUCAGGUACAAGAAGCAAACCGACCUUUUCGUUGUCAAUUCAUCUUCCGUGGGAAGAAGGCUAUUGAAUGAAGAUCAGGAAAAUUCUAUAGUAUCAAGGGAUGAAGGAAACAAGCUCACACAUGUUACAAAUUCAGAAGUGAUUCCUAGCAGUGUUGAUACAAGUUGUGGACAGCUCAGCAAUUCUGUUGUAACAAACUUGACAGCUAAGCAAGCCAGCUCAGCAAGAGAAGGUUAUGGCUAA